AUGGAUCUUGUGAAAUUUGAUCCAAAAAUGACUGAUGCAACCGGUUGGGUGAAAAUGGUUGACGGAUGGAUUCGCCGUUAUAAUCCUGAUGAUUAUAAAGUGAUCCAGCAUUUGGCGAAAGCGUUUAAGGACGAAGCGGCUCAGUGGUUCACGGGUAUGGAUCCGUCAGGGAAAACCUGGGUGGAAAUACGAUCUGAAUUUUUAAGUGUGUAUGCGAAGAAUAAGAACGUUGCGUCGGAACUGCACACGAUUUGGGCGGAGGACGCAGAGUUUACGCUGGAAAACUUCAUGAAGAGAGGGAGAAAGUUAAAAGCGUGGCUCAAAGAAAGAACAACAGUGGAUGAGACCGCCGCUCAACUAGCAGGAUUGUCGUAUUCGGCACAAAAUAGAUUCGUUCGCAACAUAUUUGUCCGCGAAUCACCAAAAAGCUUGCAAGAAGCGAUGGCGUACCUCGAUGGACGAACGACCGACUACCAUCAACCGCGUGCAUCCUCCAGACUCCCUGGUCCACAUACCAAGAUUUUGGCGCCGCGAGAUGGAAAGUCGCAUCGUUUUGACGUCGAGUGCUACAAUUGCGGAAGAAAGGGACAUCGGAAGGCCGAAUGUCGCUCAGCUCUGCGGACACAGAGUGGCAGUUAUUCUCGAGACAGCAAGGGAACUGACAGUAGAGGUUUGGGUACAAGGAGAUCGGUAACCUGCUACAACUGUAACGAAGAGGGAAACAUUGCCCCGAGUUGCCCAAAGAAGAACGAGAAGGUAGUGAGGCUUUGUAAAUCUACCUCCACUGAGAAUACUUUGAACCUCGCUGACGGUAAGGUCUUGACGUUCAUCUUCGAUUCUGGUUCGGACUGUUCUCUUGUAGCAGAGAGUUUGGCAGAGAGAUUGCCUGGUAAAAGAAAAGCCGUUUGUAUGCGUUUGAGGGGCAUAGGAAAUGGGUAUGUAGAUUGCCGUGAAAUGAUCUCCGUGUGUGCAGAGUUGAAUGGUAUCAACGUUGAAAUUGAUUUAUAUGUCGUACCGGACGAAAGUUUGUCCAUGAAAAUAAUUUUGGGUCAAGAAUUGUUGGCAAAUGGUGUCUCAGUCACGUUAGACGGAACCAUGGUUACAUUUGCAAAAUUAAACAAAUUUGUUGGCGCGUGUGCUGUAACAACUAAUUCUGACACCGUAGAUUGCGAUAUGGAUAACAUGAGAGAAUCACUUAUAAAAUUGUUGAAACUGUACGAGGAACAUAUGAGCGUUGAAGCUCCUAAGAUUCGUGUGACACCUGAGAAGACCUUAUAA